AUGGCCUCUUUCCUCAAUGACACCAAUGUGUCGUAUUACACGAUACCCGUAGCGCUGGGACUGGCGCUCUACCCGCGCGUGUACGCCGGGCUGUCUGGCCCGGGUAAGAAGUACUUCACGCCGCAGAACCCUCGCGCAUUUGUAGACAAUCUGGAGAAGACCGAGGCGCUUGACAAGAAGCUGCGCCUGAGACUGAUCCGCGCUGAGGCAUGUGGCGCGAACGCGUUUGAGAACCUACCGCUAUUCGCCGCCGCGGUGACCGCAGGCAAUGCCGCCGGCCUGUCUGUGCAGGCGUUGAAUUACCUCUCAGUUGGAUACAUCGUCAGCAGAAUUGCCUACACCUGGGUCUACAUAUUCGGGCUGGGCGAUCGCAACGUGCAUCCUCUUGCUCGCACUGCUGUGUGGUCCGCCGCGAUUGGAUGCGUCAUGACUCUGUUUGUCAAGGCCGGCCUGAAAUUACAGCCUUGA